AUGACCUCUGUUUUUACCUUCCUCUCCUCCUCCUCUUCCUCAGUGGAGCUUCGCGGCGUGCUGCUCCUCACCGUCCUGCAGUGCUGCUCGGUGGCCCGCGGCGGUUGCGAGCCUCGGCUGGUGAACAUCGGCGCCGUGCUGAGCCAGAAACGCUACGAGCAGGUGUUUAAGGAGGCGGUGAGCCAGGCCAACACUCUGUACGGCAAAGACAAGUUCAAGAUGAACGCCAUCUCUGUCACACACAAACCCAACGCCAUCCAGAUGGCCCUGUCCGUCUGCGAGGACCUCAUCUCCAACCAGGUGUAUGCGAUCCUGGUCAGUCACCCUCCUCAGUCCAAUGACCACUUGACUCCAACACCCGUCUCCUACACCGCCGGUUUCUACCGAAUCCCCGUGGUCGGCCUGACAACACGCAUGUCCAUCUAUUCUGACAAGAGCAUCCACCUGUCCUUCCUGAGGACGGUGCCUCCGUACUCCCACCAGGCUCACGUCUGGUUCGACCUGAUGAGAGAGUUCAGGUGGAACCACAUCAUCCUGAUUGUCAGCGACGACCACGAAGGACGAGCUGCUCAGAAGAGACUGGAGACGCUGCUGGAGGAGAGAGAGACCAAGACUAAAAACAGGAACUAUGAAAACCUCGACCAACAGAACUUUGACUUCAGGAGAACACCCAAGGCGGAGAAGGUGCUGCUGUUCAGCCAGGACACCAACCUUACGUCUCUGCUGCUGGAGGCCAAAGACCUGGAGGCCCGAGUCAUCAUCCUCUCCGCCAGUGAGGACGAAGCUGCAGCGGUGUAUAAAGCAGCCCGUCAGCUCAACAUGACCGGCUCCGGGUACGUCUGGAUGGUCGGAGAGAGAGAGAUGACCGGCAAAGCUCUGAGCGAAGCUCCAGAUGGCCUGCUGGGCCUCCAGCUGAUUAAUGGUAAAAACGAGUCGGCGCACAUCGCGGACGCCGUUGCGGUGGUGGCUCAGUCUCUGCAGGAGCUGUUUGAGAAGGAGAACAUCACGGAGCCUCCGCGGGGCUGCGUGGGAAACACCAACAUCUGGAGGACAGGGCCGCUCUUCAAACGGGUGCUGAUGUCAUCCAAGUACCCUGACGGCCUGACGGGACGGAUCGAGUUUAAUGACGACGGCGACCGACGCUUCGCCACCUACAGCAUCCUGAACUACCAACAGAAACCCGGUCGCCUCGUCCAAGUCGGAGUCUUCAAUGGAUCACAGGUUGUGAUGAACCCUCAAAGGAAGAUCAUCUGGCCUGGAGGAGAGACAGAGAAACCAGUCGGAUACCAGAUGUCGACUAAACUGAAGAUUGUGACGAUUCAUCAGGAGCCGUUUGUUUACGUGAAGCCAACAAAGACUGAUGGUACCUGUAACGAGGAGUACACCGUCAAUGGAGUGUUAAUCAAGAAGGUGAUCUGUACUGGACCCAACGGGACCAUCCCAGGUCAACCCAUCGUCCCUCAGUGUUGCUAUGGUUUCUGCAUCGACCUGCUCAUCAAGCUGGCGAUGAGCAUGAACUUCACCUAUGAGGUUCACCUGGUGGCUGAUGGGAAAUUUGGUACACAGGAGCGAGUAAACAACAGUAAUAAGAAGGAGUGGAACGGGAUGAUGGGGGAGCUGCUGGGAGGUCUGGCCGAUAUGAUCGUCGCCCCCCUCACCAUCAACAACGAGCGCGCUCAGUACAUCGAGUUCUCCAAACCCUUCAAAUACCAGGGCCUCACCAUCCUCGUCAAGAAGGAAAUCCCUCGCAGCACUCUGGAUUCAUUCAUGCAGCCGUUUCAGAGCACACUGUGGCUGUUAGUCGGUCUGUCGGUCCACGUGGUGGCAGUGAUGCUUUACCUAUUAGACCGGUUCAGCCCGUUUGGAAGGUUUAAAGUGAACAGUGAAGAAGAAGAAGAAGACGCCCUCACCCUGUCCUCCGCCAUGUGGUUCUCAUGGGGAGUACUGCUGAACUCUGGGAUAGGAGAAGGAGCACCCAGGAGUUUCUCAGCCAGGAUUCUGGGUAUGGUGUGGGCAGGUUUUGCUAUGAUCAUUGUAGCGUCAUAUACUGCCAACCUGGCAGCCUUCCUUGUGUUGGACCGGCCUGAGGAGCGCAUCACUGGCAUCAAUGACCCCAGGCUGCGUAACCCUUCAGAUAAGUUCAUCUACGCCACAGUGAAGCAGAGCUCGGUGGAUAUCUACUUUAGACGGCAGGUGGAGCUGAGCACCAUGUACCGGCACAUGGAGAAACACAACUACGAGAGCGCUGCUGAGGCCAUCCAGGCUGUCCGAGACAAUAAGCUUCAUGCCUUCAUCUGGGACAGCGCUGUGUUGGAGUUCGAGGCUUCGCAGAAGUGCGAUCUAGUGACGACAGGAGAGCUUUUCUUCCGCUCCGGAUUUGGGAUUGGAAUGAGGAAAGACAGUCCGUGGAAACAGAACGUCUCUCUGGCUAUUCUGAGCUCUCAUGAAAAUGGCUUCAUGGAGGAUCUGGACAAGACGUGGGUUCGAUACCAGGAGUGUGACUCCAGGAGCAACGCCCCCGCUACCCUUACUUUCGAGAACAUGGCAGGUGUGUUCAUGCUGGUCGCCGGCGGCAUCGUUGCCGGUAUCUUCCUCAUCUUUAUUGAGAUCGCCUACAAACGACACAAAGACGCUCGAAGGAAACAGAUGCAGCUCGCCUUCGCCGCUGUGAAUGUGUGGAGGAAGAACCUGCAGGAUAGGAAAAGUGGUAGAGCAGAGCCCGAGCCCAAACCCUCUUUUAGGUCCAUCACUUCGACCUCCGACCUCAAACGCCGUAGGGCCUCCGGGGACGCCACGCCGUACCCCACUGACAUCACCGGCCAGCUCAACCUAUCAGAUCCCUCCGUCAGCACCGUGGUCUGA